AUGAAUUGCAGCAUGAAGUCAAAAUAUGGAACUUUGAUGCCCCUUCAGCGCCAAUUAGACGAAGCUGAAAAGAAUCUAGUUGAUUUCCAAAACUCUGGAGAAAAGUUAGUUUUGCUGGAACAUGUUCUUCAUAAGAGGCUGAUUGGUCAGGAUAUUUUGUUGCAAUUGUUGGAUGAUGGACGGAUUACUGAUUCUCAAGGAAGGACUAUUAGCUUCACAAAUUGUGUUGUGAUUAUGACUUCAAACAUACCGGUUAAGUUUAAAAGGCUUAGUUGUGUAUCUAAAGAACAAACAUCUUGGAGUUGUCUCAGGGCUUUUCUGCUAUGUUAUAGCAACCUGGCUGCCACACACAUGUCUCUUGGUAGGAUGAGAGAUGAAAUAAAACAUUGUAGGCUGGCUGCUGAAAUAGAUCAAAACUUCCUCAAGCUGCAACUUAGAGCUGCAAAUUGUUAUCUUACUUUGGGAGAAGUUGAAGGUGCAUCACUAUAUUUCAAACGCUGCUUGCAAGCCAAGAACUGA